CGUCACACGGACAUCCACAUCAUUUUUGAGUUCUUCUGUUGCUGUUUGUAAUUUUGAGUGAAAAUUUGAUGUAAAAGUGUUUAAAUUAAUUAUAAAGAUGCAAUUUUUCUAGUUAAUAACUUAAUUACUUUGUUUUCGAGUCUACGAACAUCUGUUCAAAAAGUUGGUCGCUAAAAUUAUAAAAUGGGUGUACCAGCAUUCUUUAGAUGGCUGUCGAGGAAAUACCCUUCAGUAGUGGUGAACUGUGUAGAAGCUACACCCAGAGAUGUGAACGGUAAAUUAGAACCGAUUGAUCCUACGGCACCGAAUCCGAAUGGUAUCGAAUUUGAUAAUCUGUACUUGGAUAUGAACGGUAUUAUUCACCCUUGUACUCAUCCCGAAGACAAACCAGCACCGGCUGAUGAAGAUGAGAUGAUGAUCGCUAUAUUCGAAGCUAUCGAUCGUAUGCUGAACAUUGUCCGGCCUCGUAAAAUUUUAUACAUGGCUAUCGAUGGAGUUGCACCUCGAGCGAAAAUGAACCAACAGAGAUCUAGAAGAUUCAGAGCUACUAAAGAAACCACCGAAAAGAUCAUAGAAGUGAAUAAAAUUCGAGAGAAAUUAUUAGCCGAUGGAGCUAUUCUGCCACCAGCCAAAGAAGCUGGUUCGCAUUUCGAUAGUAAUUGCAUAACACCGGGUACUCCUUUUAUGGACCGAUUAUCGAAAUGUUUGCAUUACUACGCUCAUAACAAGUUGAAUAGCGAUCCUGCCUGGAAAGAUUUAAAGAUAAUCUUAUCCGACGCUAAUGUUCCCGGUGAAGGUGAACAUAAGAUAAUGGAUUUUAUCAGAAAACAAAGAGCUCAACCGGAUCACGAUCCGAAUACCGUUCAUUGUCUAUGCGGUGCCGAUGCUGAUUUAAUUAUGUUGGGAUUGGCGACCCACGAGCCACAUUUUUACAUCAUUCGAGAAGAAUUCAAAACUAAUAUGGAUCGACCUUGCGACAUUUGUGGUCGUAAUGGACAUGAAAUGAAAAGCUGUACCGGAUUAGAACGUAAUGAAGAAAUCAUCAAGGUAUAUUCUUCCGAAGUUCAAUUCAUAUUCGUUCGAUUAGCCGUAUUACGAGAAUAUCUAAGACGUGAAUUGGAAAUGCCAGGACUUCCGUUUCAGUACGACUUCGAAAGAACCAUCGACGAUUGGGUAUUCAUGUGUUUCUUCGUCGGUAACGAUUUCCUGCCUCAUUUACCAUCUUUGGAAAUUCGAGAAGGUGCUAUCGACAGACUCGUUGGGCUUUAUAAGAAAGCUGUCUAUAAGACCGGAGGUUAUCUGACGGAAAACGGUCAAGUAGCUUUGAAUCGAGUCCAGUUAAUCAUGUCCGAACUGGGUGUAAUGGAAGAUGAAAUAUUCAAGAAGCGGCAACAAACCGAGGAAAUGUUCAGAGCUCGAGAUAAAGCUAAACGAAGACGUAUGCGUAAUUUUAACAACAGAGAUCGACCGAAUCAUAUGUUAUCUGGCCAGUAUGCUCCUUCGGCUGUAGGAGGUAAUGUACCAGCUAUAGUGAAUCCUAGACAAGAAGCGUUUCAGUUACGAACACAGAGUUACCAUACGCAAGCGAAUGCUAACUCCGGUGGUGGUCCUCAAAACGCAUUUAACAGAGGAGAAAAGAGACCGGCGCAGGGGCCAGCUGAUGAUAGUGACGAAGAAGUACCAGUCAAUGAUGAAGUUCGUCUGUGGGAAAGUGGUUUCAAAGACCGGUACUACGAGUCGAAAUUCGAUGUUUCUAAAGAAAACCUUGGGUUCCGUCAGAAAGUCGCUUUGGAAUAUAUUCGAGGCUUGUGCUGGGUCUUACACUAUUAUUAUCAGGGUUGCCCGUGCUGGAAAUGGUACUUUCCCUAUCAUUAUGCGCCGUUCGCUUCGGAUUUUAUUGAUAUCGCAUCAUUUCCGGUUGUUUUUGAAAAGGGUACUCAACCGUUCAAUCCUCUCGAACAAUUAAUGAGCGUGUUCCCAGCCGCUAGCAAGCAGCAUGUACCCGAGCCAUGGUCUACAUUGAUGUUUGAUCCGUUUUCUCCUAUAAUCGAUUUCUAUCCGGAAGAUUUCAAGAUCGAUUUGAAUGGGAAAAAAUUCGCUUGGCAAGGUGUCGCGUUAUUACCUUUCGUAGACGAAGAACGACUUCAUAAAGCGCUUGCUCCUUUAUAUCCUCAGUUGAGCGAUGAAGAAAAACGAAGAAACACUCGAGGAGAUAGUAUACUUUACGUAAGCCAGUAUCACGGCUCGUUUUCAUUUAUACGUGGAUUGUACGAUAAUAAGUCGAAUUUUGAACUCGAUGUUUCCCUCAAGUCUGAUGGAAUGUUGGGACGAGUUUUACUAGCUUCGAAUUGCGUCAAUCGUGGCGGAUCUUUGGUUUCGCCAGUUCGAGGUUUGCAGGUGAUUAGAGAUAAUCAAGUAGUGUGUGUACGUUUUAGAGACCCUGCUUACUCCGAUGACCAUAUUUUCUCUACGGAACGUUUAACUGGAGCUUCAGAUCCGCAAACUAUUUUGAAACCUCAGAAUUUACCGGACGAAGUUUCGAUGAAUUGGAAACCACGUAUCGGUAUGGUCAUGUCGAAUCAACAAGCAUCUCUCGGUGUAGCCGGUCAUCGUAUGCUUGGACAUUACACCCAUCAUGGAAAUCCUAGAAACGCGCAACCUGGUGCGUACAGCGCCGUCCCUCCGCCUUCGAUGGCUGACCGAAACAACCGAUUCAAUUCACGAAACAACUACCAUCCUUACAAUCGAAACGAUAACAACCGAUACGGCAACCGCGGCAACGACUUCAACCGUGGCAACGAUUACAAUCGAGGACCUCCAAGGACCAACGACAGCCAAUCCGGACGACCGCCCAGUUACUUCUCGCAGCAAAGACAAGAGCAACGUUCCACCGGUAGCUAUUCGACCAAUCGAAACGAACACGUAGCUUAUCCAGAUCAAAGUACAUCUCGUAACGAGCCCAGGUAUGCCAAAUCUUACACUGUAUCCAAUGAUCGAUCGCAACGGCCGCCCCAACAGAACCAUAAUCCACAUUCCAACAGACCGUCCGGUGGUUCUGGAUAUCAAACUUUUCAACCUCGCAACCAAACGGGUGGACCUAGGCCACCAGGGUACUAUACGGAUCAAUCAAAUUAUGGAAAUCGGAGGCAGCAACAUUAUUGAUAAGACUGCUUUUUGAUUUAUUGAAAAUUUGUUGAUGCGUUUCACGUAUUUGAGUGUACUAUUUAUUAUCUUUGUUGAAACAAGUUUUUUCUAAGUACGUUCUGUUCUGUGUUUUUUGGAAUGUGAAUUAAUUAUUCUAGUGGGGCUUGUGCCUAAAUUAAACAUUGAGUUUUUUCGUAUUUA